AAUCUUAACAAAGUCCCAUUCAACCCGUUAAUCAUCAACAACAUGGUUCUUGAGAAAUAAAUGCUUCUGUGCAGUGUCCAUCCAGUGGCACGAUGGAUGCAGCAGAGUUUCGGUGCAGAGGGAAGGAGAUGGUGGACUAUGUAGCCGACUACCUGGAGAACAUCGAGCAGCGUCCGGUCAGCGCAGAUGUGGAACCGGGGUAUCUUCGUUCCCUGAUCCCCACUGAGGCCCCACUGGAGCCUGAUAAUUAUGAUGACAUUAUCAAAGAUGUGGAGAGGGUCAUAAUGCCAGGGAUCACCCACUGGCACAGUCCAUACUUUUAUGCCUACUUUGCAGCUGCAAACUCUUACCCUGCCAUUUUGGCCGACAUGCUAUGUGGAGCCAUUGGCUGUAUUGGAUUCUCCUGGGCUUCCAGCCCAGCCUGUACAGAAUUGGAGACAGUGAUGUUAGAUUGGCUGGGGAAGAUGCUAAAGCUGCCAGACGAUUUUAUAGCCGGGACUCUUGGCCACGGAGGAGGUGUCAUCCAGGGCACAGCCAGUGAGGCAACCCUGAUGUCCUUGCUCGCUGCUCGCUGUAAAGCACUCAGAAAGAUUCAGGCCGCCAACCCCGAAAUAUUAGAAAGUGAAAUUCGACCCAAACUGGUGGCGUACACCUCUGAGCAGGCUCAUUCCUCAGUGGAGCGUGCUUCUCUGAUUGGAGAAGUGACGAUGAGGAUGGUUCCCACAGAUAGCACCUAUGCUGUCAGAGGGAGCACGCUUAAGAAGAUGUUGGAGGAGGACAAAGCGGCUGGACUCAUCCCUUUCUUCUUCUGUGCAACCCUUGGCACCACAGGAUCCUGCGCUUUUGACCAUAUUACCGAACUGGGGCCACUAUGUAAUAAGGAAAAUGUGUGGAUGCACAUUGAUGCAGCAUAUGCAGGGAGUGCAUUCAUCUGUCCUGAAUUUCGCCCUUUGUUGAAUGGCAUUGAGUUUGCAGACUCUUUCAACUUUAACCCACACAAAUGGCUUUUAGUCAAUUUUGACUGCUCUACAAUGUGGUAAGUUAUGCAUGUUAAUAUACAGUGUGAGACAAAAAUGGUAAUAGGCAAAUAGGCAAACUCUCAUUCAAGUGUGAUGAAUAAAAGCAGGAAAUGUUCAUGGGAAUGUUUGAUAGUCGACAUAUGAAAUAUCAAAACAAGGUGUGUCUAAAUCGGGAAAAUGUAUCACAUUUGAAAAGAGUAAAAAAGAAAACAUUCAUUUGAGAAUUUCUUACCUGUUUCUCAAGCAAACUGGUAGUGGAGAUUGAUAUUAGAAAUGUUUGGCAUGUUUUUUUCUUCUUCACGAAUCAUUAAAGUAUUUACAGAAG